AUGGAGAUACCGUCGUUCCUAGUCGGUCUCGGAGUUGGGCUGAUAUCGGUAUUCGUGGUCGGCGCGCUACUAGGCGUCUUCAGCAAUGCAGGCCGCCCGCCUCUACCACCUGGUCCCAAGGGCCUUCCUGUGGUGGGAAACUUGAACGACUUACCCAAGCCGGGCAUUUUUGAGGCAAAUCACUGGGUUAAACACAAGAAGCUAUAUGGUCCGAUCAGCUCUAUCACAGUGAUGGGUCAAACGUUGGUGAUCAUCAACGACUUGCAACUGGCUUUUGAGACAUUGGAGAAAAGAUCCGCGAAGCAUUCAUCCAGACCAAAACAGGUAUUUGCCGGCGAGAUGAUUGGCUGGGAGAACUCUCUCGCCUUACUACAGUACAACGAACGCUUUCGCGCUUAUCGCAAAAGCAUUGCUCAAAUCAUCGGCUCUAAGGCGGUCGCGGCUCAGUAUGACAAUCUACAAGAAGCGGAAGCUGGUCAUUUCUUGCUGCACGUUCUCGACAACCCAAAAGAUCUCAGAAACCACAUCAGAAGAGAAGCCGGAUCAGUCAUCCUCAAGGUUGCGUAUGGCUAUGUCCCUGAGCCGUUCAAGGACGACUAUCUCAUCAACAUGGCGGGUCGAGCCAUGGACGAGUUCGCCCAAGCAGCUGUUCCCGGCGCCUUUUUGGUGGAUAUUUUCCCCAUCUUGCGUUACCUGCCGGACUGGUUUCCCGCAACAACUUGGAAACAGACCGCCAAGGACUGGGCUUUCACCCUCAAGACCGUGACCGAGAAACCGUACGCUUUCGUGAAGCAUCAGACAGCACAGGGAAAAGAUGUUACGUCGUUCGUUUCGCACUUACUGCGAGACGGCGACUUGACGCCGGAAGAAGAUUUCAACACCAAAUGGUCUGCUGUUUCUUUAUACACUGGUGGAGCUGACACGACGGUGUCCUCGAUUGCAUGUUUCUUCCUGGUAAUGAUGCUCUUUCCGAAGGUCCAACAAAAAGCAAAGGAAGAAAUCGACAGUGUUAUCGGUCCAAGCCGUCUCCCUACUGCGUCAGAUCGGCCGAAUCUUCCCUACGUCGACGCUAUCGUGAAAGAGCUUCUUCGAUGGCACCCUGUGGCUCCCAUGGGCCUUCCUCAUACCAGCUCCGAGGACGACGUCAUUGAAGGAUACUUCAUCCCCAAGGAUGCAUUGAUUCUACCAAACAUCUGGCAUUUCACCCACGACGCCGAAGUCUGGGAUGAACCAGAUGAGUUCCGGCCCGAACGGUUCCUCCGGGAUGACAACGUUGAGCCGCCGCUUGACCCUCACAAAAUCGCGUUUGGGUUCGGUCGACGGGUGUGUCCUGGACGCAUCCUGGCCGACAACGCCCUGUUCAUCACCAUCGCACAGUCUCUCGCGGUGUUCGACAUUAGCAAGCCAGUUGAGAAUGGAAAGGAGGUUGAGCCAGUAGUCAAGAUGACGCCUGGUAUUGUGAGCCACCCUGAAGACUUCGAGGUGUCGAUCAAGCCGAGAUCAACCCAGCACGAGAAGUUAAUCCGCAUGGUGGAGAUGAAGUUCCCAUGGGAAGAGAGCGAUGCUCAGGUUUUGGAGAACAUGGACCUCAAAUGA